AUAGAAUUUUGCUAUCAGCGGAUUACCGACAGCUGGAAAUGCGAGUGCUGGCACAUUUGUCCGAGGAUGCGAAACUGAUUUCACUGCUCCAAAAGGAAGGUGAUUUCUUCCAAACUGUCACAGAUGCCUGGAAUGCUAGCAGCGCAGUGCUAAAUGAAGUUGAUCGAAAUAAAGUAAAACAGCUUUGUUAUGGUAUUUUGUACGGAAUGGGUGCAGCUUCGCUGGCAAAGCAGUUAUCCAUGGAAAAGCAUGAGGCGCAGCAACUGAUUUCGUCAUUUUUUCAACAAUUCCCAAAAGUACGAGCAUGGAUUGACAAAACGCUGAAAGCAUGUCAUCAGGAUGGGUUUGUAUGCACUUUACUAGGUCGAAGACGAUAUUUGGCAUGUAUUACCAGUGAAUUACAAACGGAGCGUGCUCAAGCUGAAAGACAAGCAGUUAAUUUUUGCAUACAGGUAGAUUUACACUCGGGUGUUUUGUGUCUCAUUACAGAAUUAAGAUAAUC